AUGGAAGGCACAUACCCAAUGCACCCUUCGCAGGCCAUGAGCCAGUCGCCAUUCUUCUAUUAUAACCCCGAUCCGAGCCCAGAGAACCGCCAGCACGGCCACUUCACCCCACAUCCCAACGGUCUACCAAACACGCCUUACCAGCAGUGCCAGGAUGGCUACUACCAGCCCAACAUGGUCUUCACCCGCCCGUCGUCAUCGGAUUCGCAGGGCUCCUACGUGCAGCGGAAUGCCUACGUUCCUCAAUCGCUUAUGACACCCGUGGCAUCGCCUCAGCCAAUGUACCAGAAGCCUACGAUCCUCAUCCAGCAAGACUCGCCGUAUCUGCAUCCAUUGGAUACCGAUUUCUCGGAUAUGCGCUUUGCACCUGCGACACCACCACUUUCGUCGUCUGGCAGCGCCAUCAGCAGCCCGCCGUCGACUUGCGACAUCCUGCCUACGCCGGUGAACGGCACGUUCUUCCAGAGCGAAGGCUUGAAGGGUGUGAAGAUGGGAUGUGAGGAGGAGGUCUUCUCCGAGAUUCUUGCGGGCGGUGACUGGACUCGAUCGGCAUCGCCGCCAAUGACCCCAGUGUUCAUCCAGAACCCUUCGGCUAUGUGCGCGGGCCAAGGCUCCUACCUUUUGUCGGCCACAUCGUGCCCGUCGCUCUCGCCCUCGCCAUCACCAAUCCCGCGAUCCGCGUGCGACACCGAGAACAACUUCUGCGACCCGCGCAACCUCACCGUCUCGUCGAGUUCCGCCAACUUCGCCUGCCUGCCAACGCUCUGCCCCGGCGACGACGAGGAGCACAAGCUAAUUCUCAAAGGUGACUCCAAGCCAUCGGCCGACGAGCUUGCUGCAUCGUCCAGCUUCGGCGAUCUCUCCACCGGCCUGCCCACCUUUGAGCCUCUCUUCGAGCUCGACUCUGAGGACGACUUCACCGGCCUCGUGCAGUUCCCUGCUUCAGAGAACGUCCACUUCCACGGCAACAAGCGCCAGCGCACCGAGCUGCUUCCUCUCUCCCCCGAAGACGACGGUCUUGCGAGUGAAGAGAGCUUCACCGACUUUGAGGACGACUUCGCUGUCAGCGGCCUGCUCACUCCCUGUGACACCGACUCUUUCUCCUCUGACGACAUGACAAUGAACGCUGCCAACAACAGGCAGAUGAAGUACGAGGCUGAUGAGGAUAGCGAGUCUGAAUCCGAAUACCAGGGCGACGCAUACACCUCCCACGGCAACGGCACCAAGUCUCACUCUGGGUCUGGUCAGCACCAAUCUUCCGGCCAGGGCAGCUCUGAGAACGCCGUCGCUUCCAGCUCUGAUGAUGGUGCCCGCACUCCCCCCACUUCGGCCCCCACCAGCCGCCGUGGUCGCAAGCAGUCCCUGACUGAAGACCCAUCGAAGACCUUCGUAUGCACUCUCUGCUCGCGUCGCUUCCGCCGCCAGGAACACCUGAAGCGCCACUACCGAUCCCUCCACACCCACGAUAAGCCCUUCGAGUGCACCGACUGCGGCAAGAAGUUCUCUCGCAGCGACAACCUCUCGCAGCAUCAACGCACUCAUGGCACUGGUGCAGUCGUCAUGGGUGUCCUCGAUGACGCAGAGCUGCGAAGGCAGAAGGAGGAGUCGUACGACAGCCAAGAUCCCGGCAUGCUCGGAGCCAUCCUCUACAGCGCUGCCGCCGCCGUGUCAAGCAGCAGUGGCUCGGAGUCUUAUUCCGACAUGGAUCGCAGCCCAUCAGGCUCUGACAAGAAGUACCGCAAGAGGAAGCGGGAUGAGUAG